AUGUCCAGUUUGCUUUUGACAAUCCACAUUGAGCCCAGUAUCACUACCUGGAAAUGCAGACUCUAUCAGAUUGAAACCACGCACGCUCUGCUACAUCAGCAACAUCGGUCGGUGUUGCUACUUCCACAUCAGCAACAAGGGAUUGCCUCACUGCUGACCAUGGGAGACGGUGACGCGGUCGCUAGGGAGACGGUGACGCGGGCGCUAUGGAGACGGGGCCUACCUACGCCGCCGACAUGGAGCUGCAGCUGCGCUGCCGACCCUCACCCCGCAGACUCGCAUUGCUGGCCCCCCCCUCCCCCGGGGCGGCCGCGCUGGUCCCCUCCCCCUGGCCGGCCGCCGGCGGGGGAAGCUACGGGCCCACUGCCCGCCCGCGCCGGCCUCGCCAGGGAGGUGAUCCGCUGGUUGCAGGGCCUGGGGCUCAGUCGCCCCUUCACUCAUGUCCCGCGAGACUUCAGUAAUGGCUUCCUUGUGGCUGAGAUCUUCUCCUGGUACUACCCCUGUGACAUUGAAAUGAGUGCCUUUAACCAUGGCCUCUCCUUCCCCUCCAAGCUGAAGAACUGGUCCAAGCUGGAGAAUUUUAUAUUCAAGAGAAAGUUGAAUGUUCCCAAGGAGUUUAUUUACGCGACGAUGCAUUCAAAGCCCGGUGGAGCCGAGUGUCUGAUACAACAUAUAUACACCUUGCUGACAAAUAGACAAGCAAAGCUGAUCCUGGACGAUGAGAUCAACUUCACCAACUAUCCUUACCAGCAAAAGCUGCCAAUGGUUGCCAGGGCCACUGCUACCAACGCUAUCCACAGCAACCUGAGGUUGACUGAGAUCUUGGAACAACCCGAUGAGUUCACAAAUAAACAGAAAACCCUGGACAUCAUCGACCUGCAUUUGCAACUGAGGCGGCUGGCAAAGGAGCAGAACCCAAAGUAUUAUAACGUGAAGCCCUCGUUGGGAGAGAGAGCCACGCGACUUCCACAUCCACAGUACCAAUAUGACUGCAUACACUCUGGCAACAAGUGGAACCUGGCAGCUGCAUCACAGCCGACAGCGUCAGAAAUCCGCAGCAAAUCCAAUGUCCUGUUCAAGGAGAUUAGCAUGAAGCAGGUGGUGAGGAAUUCCUAGUCUGCCCUCUCCCAGAACAGGCGAGGAGAGGAUUGACAAUGUUGUGUGAGCUCCUUACAGCAGUAAGACUGCUCUGGAAGAUAAUCCAUUGUACCUGCCUUUAUUGUACUUCAGAUUAUUGUGUGUGUGAACAAUUUACUUAAAUCUGAGAUAUCCAAAGUGAUUGUGAUCUGAUCUUUGCUUCAGCUCGAUAUUGACUGCUUUAGAAUAACUUUCUCUCACUUUCACAUAAAUAAGAUAAAAUGUUCCCGUUCCCGCCCCCUCCCUCUCUGGCAGACAGUCAUGCUGUUCCCAACACCGGCUCCCAGUGUUGUUGGGCAGCCUCCAGUGCCAACAUGGGUGGCAUUGGUGGGCUGCUCCAUGAUUGGCAUUUGACCCAGUGUCCAGUGUUAGACCCAUGUCCAGUGUCAGACCUGCCCUGUGUGCCACUAUAGAAUGUCCUCUCACUACUUCUCCCCCAUCCAUCCCCCUCCUGUAUCAUCCCCCGUCUGUCUACCCCCCCUCCCCGCUGUGCCCCAGCCCUGACUGUGCUGCUGCUGUUCUCCACAG